AUGAAAUUAUUUUGUAAUAUUCAGUGGUUUGUAGUAGACUGUUGUGGAAUAACUUGUAUGGGUUUAACCCAACUAUUAUUAUUAUACGGCUCUGUAAUUAUAAACUACUAUUUAUACCUAUAUUAUAAAAUCAGGAAACCUUGGCUCUAUGUAAUUCAUUUCAUAAUAUAUAAUUCAAUUUUUAUUAUGUGUAGUAUUUGUCACUUAAUUAGUGUAUUUACAGAUCCAGGAGUUCUUCCUACAAACAAAGAUCUUGGGCAGAUAAUAAUACCAAUUGAACUUGAAAAUCAAAUAGAUAUAAUCAAGACAUGUAUAAAGUGUAAUAAUUAUAAACCUCCAAGGGUUCAUCAUUGUUCUAUAUGUAAACGUUGUAUAUUUAAGAUGGAUCAUCAUUGUCCAUGGAUCAAUAAUUGUGUAGGCUAUAAUAAUCAGAAACAUUUCUUGCUAUUCUUAUUUUAUGUAUUUUGCUUCUGUAUCUAUUCAAUUUCUUUAGUAUGUUAUCGCUUUUACAAUUGUAUUAUUUCAUCUGAGUCUUUAACUUUUGAUAGAACAAACUUCUAUCAUAAUAGUGAGAUAUUUUCUGAAGAUACUGUAAUGAUCCCAAAUUGGCAUGAAUUACAUAGUCAAGAUUCAAUAUGUUUUGUCUCACCAAUAAUACUUAUUUUUGGUUUUAGUGUUGUUAUAGAAGGAUUAGUUUUUGGAUUAUUUUCCUUUGCAAUGUUUAUAGAUCAGAUUCUAUGUAUUAUAUACAAUACAACAGGAAUUGAGCAUUUGAAGCAAGAUUAUACAUAUAGAAGACAGAGUUUUUAUAAAUCUCUUAUAGAAGUUUGUGGUCAGCAAUUUACAUGGAAAUGGUUUGUCCCAACAAGAUCAAGAGCCCAAUUUAGAAAUGUUGGAUUUGAUACUGCAACCUUUGUAGAUCUUCAAUUGAACAAUUUAUAUAAUUCUACAGAUAAUACUCUAAAUAAUUAUAAUAAAGAACAACAUGUUAGGACUUUUAUAAAGAAUAGUUCAUCUAGAAUAACUUGUUGCAAUUUACCAUCAGGUAUAGAUUCUACAAAAGCUACAAUGGCAUCUAUAGAAGCUGAUUUCUUGUUUCAUACUGAUUUUUGUGAAGAUGAUUCAUCCUAUAUAUCUAGAACUUCGAAUUGUACUAAAGAUAAACCUCAUGUUAUAUAUUUACAUGAUUUUUCUAAACAAUAA